UGUGGGGGACUGGAGAGCUUGGAGGACGGGAAGAGGGAGAAGGUUUGUUUUUGUUCGCGUAUCCCCAGAAAACAAAGCCAAUAACAGAUUAUAUUGAUAUAUUUUGUCACGUACGUGUUUAAGGUCGAAUAUUGCACAAAAACGGACGUCCCAAACGGCAAAGUAGGCGUACUACAUUCUGGAAAGGAAGAAUCGUCACCCCUUUUACCCCCUCCCUAACAGACAACCAUGACGAUUCUUCCAAAAAAGAAGCCAAACGCCAGUGUCGGUGUUUCGGACCACCCGGACGAAACUGACAGAAGAAGUGGCUCUGACACACAUCAACAUCCUCACGGAGGUCGUACAGGUACAAGACCAAGGGCCUCGCCGCCGCCAUGGUCGUAUCAAGCCGCGCCACCUUCGGCAAGGGAAGAUAGACGGAACGAGGCUAGCUCUCGGCCGCAGCAGGCCUCUCCUCCUCCCGUGGGUUCAGGCUCUCCUGUUGGACCUGGGGAUGGGAAUGGGACUGGAGGAAUACAAUGCGUUGCUGGGACACGCGGAGAACUGUCAGGCAGCGUUGGCUGUGGUGGAGGAAUUGGAAGUUGCUGUUCGGGGCCUGGUCUGAGUAAAAGGCGACGACAAGCAACCUGCUCUGGUGUGGCUGGUGGUGGAACACCCGGCGGAGGUGGAGGUGGCGGCGGAGGUCCCAGUGCUGAUUCGGAGGAAGGUGCAGGUUACAACAGUGAAGAUGAGUACGAGAAUGCUUCGAGACUGCAGUCUGAGGACCCAGCCACAGUGGAGCAGCAGGAGCACUGGUUUGAAAAAGCGCUUGGGGAAAAGAAAGGAUUCGUCAUUAAAAAAAUGAAAGAGGAUGGAGCAUGUCUCUUCAGAGCUGUCGCUGAUCAAGUAUAUGGAGACCAAGAUAUGCAUGAAGUUGUUCGUAAACACUGUAUGGACUACUUGAUGAAAAAUGCAGACUACUUCUCGAACUACGUGACAGAAGACUUCACCACAUACAUCAACAGGAAGAGGAAAAACAACUGCCACGGGAACCACAUUGAGAUGCAGGCUAUGGCGGAGAUGUACAAUCGGCCAGUGGAAGUUUACCAGGAGGGCACAGAACCAAUCAACACGUUCCAUGGUAUUCAUCAAAACAAUGACGAACCAAUCAGAGUCAGCUACCAUCGUAACAUUCACUACAACUCUGUGGUAAACCCCAACAAAGCCACAAUUGGAGUAGGUCUUGGACUUCCUGCUUUCAAACCAGGGCAGUAUGCAGACCAGUCACUUAUGAAGAACGCCAUUAAAACCUCAGAGGAGUCCUGGAUCGAGCAGCAGAUGCUGGAAGACAAGAAGAGAGCCACAGACUGGGAGGCUACCAACGAGGCCAUCGAGGAGCAGGUGGCCAGGGAGUCCUACCUGCAGUGGCUCCAGGACCAGGAAAAGCAGGCGCGGCAGCCACGUAAGGCUAGUGCCACCUGCAGCUCGGCAACUGCAGCAGCGUCCAGUGGUCUAGAAGAGUGGAGUGCCCGCUCGCCCCGGCAGCGCAGCUCAGCUCCCUCACCAGAGAACACUGACCCCUCCCACUCAGACACAAGCACCAAGCCCCCCUCCCCUGCUGGAGCGACCCUCAUCAUGUCCAAGCCCCCUUCACCUUGUGCCCCAGGUCCCAGCAACCAGGCUUGUGUUAGGCCUGAUAGACCCACCUCUUCAACUCUAAAGUCUCUGUACCCUGCAUUGGAGUACCGUGCUAUCAUGCAAGAAAUGUCACCCACCGCCUUUGGUUUAACAGACUGGGAGGAUGAUGAGAUUCUGGCCUCAGUCUUGGCUGUUUCACAACAAGAGUACCUCGACAGCAUGAAGAACUCUAUGCAUAGAGAACCUUCUCCGGACAGCAGUUGAUAAAGGGGAUCAAGCACACACAACUUCCCCUGAAAGGAAGGGGACAGAACAGAGAGAAAUCCAAACGUCAUCAUGCAACCAUCCAGUCUUCUGUUCUCCCUCUCCCUCCAUCUCUGCCUUUCCACACCUACCAAUAAAGAUCCAGCAUAAUAAGACUCCACCCCCUACCUUUCUAAUACCAUUGAUACCAUCAUUGGACUUCACAGUUUCACAGUUUAUGAAAUUCAUAUUCAUGUUCUCCAGCAACACCCCAACAUCAACAUAUGUGAAAGUGGCAUGUUUCUAUGUUUUUUUGGGAAUAAAGAUAGAGGAAGAUAAA